AUGAGUUAUUAUGGAAUUCUUGUACUAGCUUAUAAUGGUCCGAUCUAUGUAAUCAUUCUAAGAGAUGCCCAAAACUGCAGAAGAAUCGCUGCUGAUUGGACGUCAAUUCGACAAACUUUGGAAUUUCAAGCUCCAAAUAAUACUGGAAGUGACUUUUUCAAUUACAAAGGCGAUUUCAGCAUUGUACUUCUAGCAUUGGUUGAUGCAAAUUAUAAAUUUACGUACGUAGAUGUCGGUUGUAAAGGAAGAAUGUCGGAUGGUGUUGUUUUCAAAAAUACUGCAAAUCUUCAGCAAGGACAAUUAAUUUUACCUCAACCUACUGCGCUACUUGGGAGGAACACACAAAUUCCAUAUGUCAUUGUUGCAGACGAUGCUUUUGCAUUAGAUACGAAUUUAAUGAAACCAUAUCCCGGUCAACAUGACAAAAGUUCGAAAGAAAGAAUAUUCAAUUAUCGGUUGAGCAGAGCGAGAUGUAUUGUGGAAAAUAUUUCCUUGAAACACCACAUUUCCAGUAAUCGCUUGGAUCUGCCUGUCGGUCCUCUGAGCAAGCUUGUCUUUGAUGUUAAUGAGGACCGCAAGAAACGUACAUUGAAGAAACAAAUAUUUAUUAAACAAAAAGAACAACUAACUCUAGCACAGAAAAAAAUGUAA